UUACGAACUCGAUUUGAUCUGUCAAAUAAAAAGUUGAUGUUCGUCGAGUGAAAUCUAUACGUUUAUUAGUUAUUUGCUGGUGAUAUCGUGUCUAAUAAGACUCAAUAAGUUUCAAUUAAGGUAAUUUAACAGAUUAGUGUUUAAAAAUCUUUAGUAUAGUAUUUAAUCUAGUGUUAGUGUAUGUUUCUUCUGUUGAAAAUGGCUCGAAUGUUUUUAUUAAAGUGUUUAUUAGAGGAAGCUCAUACUUUGGACAAUCUUGAGUUGCGCCGACAAGCCUAUGAAAUUCGUAGUUUGUCUCUAUUGACCCGAGAUGAUAACUAUGUCAGUGUAUACAGACUUUCAAAGCAAUUGAUCGACCAACUCGAACUUGAGUUGCUUCCUAUAAUAAAAAGUACCAAACGUCGAGGAAAGGGACUUACGACUCGUAUUAAGAUAUUGUGUACCUUGGCAUUUUUGGCUAGUGGCAGCUACCAAAAAAUUAUAAAAGAAAAUGUUCGGACCUAUUUGUCCCAAACAUCUGCAUCCCGCUGCAUAAACGAAGUGGUUGAGGCACUCAAUAAUCCGAACAUAUUGAAAAAGUAUAUAAGGUUUCCCCAAAAUAUCCAAGAAAGACAGAUAUUAAAGGAAAGGUUUUAUGAAAAGUUUAAGAUUCCUGCUGUCAUUGGCUGCAUUGAUGGCACUCUCGUGGCUUUAAAGAGACCGGCUGAGCAUGAAGAGCGCUUCUUUUGUCGUAAGAAUUAUCAUGCUAGGAAUGUGCAAUUGAUUACAGAUGCCGAUCUUAACAUUUUGCAUGUUGAUCCAACAUAUGGUGGUGCAACACAUGACAGUUUUAUUUUCAAUCACUGUGAUGUAAGAAAUCACUUAGAGGCUUUGACAAAUGCUGGUGAAGAAGUUGUUUUGCUUGGUGAUUCUGGAUAUGCUCAGCGGGCAUACAUUAUGACACCUAUAAAUAAUGCCCCGGACAAUACUCCUGAAGCUUAUUAUAACAUGCUUCAUGCAACGGCUCGCAACUCUGUGGAACGGACAAUUGGUUUGUUAAAAGGGCGCUUCAGGUGUUUGUUAGUACACAGAGUUCUAGAUUAUCAUCCGGAUAAAGUUGCAAAAAUAGUAAUUGCAUGUUGUGUUCUGCAUAACAUGUGCAACCGGGCUGGAAUGGAGGUAGUUAAUUUGACUGAAGAUGAAAACCUAGAGGAAGCUCAGGUGGUAGCCGAGGCACAGAGAAGGCAAUCCCGAGACAUACCAAAUCAUGAUGAUUUAAAUGUUGGACGGUCGCGAAGGCAGGAUCUUGUGAAUAGAUUGUGGCGAUCGCGUCGACAUUAACUCUAUCUCAGUGUGAAGUGAAAAGUUACAGAACUUUAAAAAGACUAAAUAUUUUAACUAUCUACGUAGAUCUAGUUGUAGUGCCUACUAAGAAAUGACAAGUAAUUGAGAGGUAUAUUAGUGAGUGUGUUGUUAUCCUUCAGAAUUACCUACUUUAUAUAAUGUUAAACAAUAGAAUUGUAUAUAAUAGGCUAUUAUUACUUUAGGGUCUGCUAUUAAAUUCAAAAUUGGAUUUUAUGACAAAUGUAAUACAUAUAAGCAAAACCAGAAAAGAAACAACGAAUAAUAAGAAUAGAACAUAUAAUAAUCUACUUUAAAAAUUGAAAAUAUACAAUUACAAUUUAA